UAUUGUUUCAAGAAGAGGUAAAGACUCUGCCUUUACUGUUUUUCAAGCAAUCUUGAAAGCUAAAGGUACCAACUUUGCAUCUUUUGUGAAUGUUUUAAAUGGAUUUGGGGUUUGUUUCUGAUGCUAUACAGUGCUUUAGGCUUAUCCAAAAACAUAAAAUUAGGUUCCCAUUUCAAGGUUGUACUAAGGUUCUUGAAUAUUUAAUGAAGCUUAGUUCACCAAUGGCAGCUUUUGAUUUUUAUAAGGAGAUUUUGGAAUAUGGGUAUCCUCCAAGUUUGUAUUUUUUUAAUGUUUUGAUGAGUAAGUUGUGUAAAGAAGGUAAAAUGGUGGAAGCACGGUCGGUGUUUACUGAGAUUUGGAAGAGGAAUUUGAGACCUAGUGUUGUUAGUUUCAAUAUUUUGAUAAAUGGGUAUUGUAGAUUAGGUGAUAUGGAUGCAGGGUAUAGGUUAAAAAGAGAAAUGGAGGAAAGAGGAAUUUUGCCCGAUGUUUAUACGUAUAGUGCUCUGAUCAAUGGGCUUUGCAAGAACUUUUGGAUGAGCGACGCCAGUGAGUUGUUUAAUGAGAUGUGUAUAAAAGGUUUGAUUCCAAAUGUUGUUAUAUUCACGACUUUGAUUAGUGGACAUUGCAAGGAUGGUAGCAUUGUUUUGGCCAUGGACGCUUAUCAACUGAUGCUGACGCAAGGGGUGGAACCGGAUUUGAUUACAUAUAACACACUUGUCAAUGGACUUUGUAAGAGUGGGGAUUUAGGGGAAGCGAGGAAGCUCAUUCAUGUAAUGAUUGAAAAGGGUUUGAAGCCUGAUAAGAUCACAUAUACGACGGUUAUUGGUGGAUGUUGUGCGGAGGGAGAUUUAGAUGGAGCAUUUGAGAUCAAGAAAAUGAUGUUUGAUAAUGACAUUGAACUAGAUGAUGUAGCAUAUACAGCUCUUAUCACAGGUUUGUGUCGGCAAGGGCGAAUAGUUGAUGCAGAAAGGAUUUUAACAGAAAUGUUGAAUGCUGAUUUAAAGCCUGAUGACCCUAUUUAUACUAUGGUUAUCGACGGUUUUUGUAAGAAGGGAGAUGUUAAGAUGGGUUUUAAGUUGCUAAGGCAGAUGCAAAGUAAUGGACAUGCGCCUAAUGUUAUAACUUACAAUGCGCUUUUAAGUGGUCUAUGCAGACAAGGACAGAUGAGAAAUGCUGAAAUGUUAUUACAAGCCAUGCUUAAUCUUGGUUUGAAUCCAGAUGACAUUACCUAUAACAUACUAUUGGAUGGGCAUUGCAAGUAUGGAAAUCCUGAUGAUUAUGAUAAGCUACGUGGUGAAAUGGGGCUUGUUCAUGACUAUGCUACUUAUACUUCACUAGUUAGUAGCUUAAGUAGGAGCUCGAAAUGUCAGGCCAGGAAGUGAUGCAUUUAAUCAGAGAGCCAAAGACUACCAUCUGUAACUGCCUUUUAGUAGGUGGAUUUCAUUCCACAAGUUAAUUACCCUGUGAAUAGUGUUGAAUGGAUCGGCGGAAUUUCUCCUGGCUUGUGAAUGAUGCUGUAAGAUGGAUUCGAACUAAUGCAAUUUUGGAUAAACUGAUGAAGAUGAUGUUAGGUGAAUUUUCAUUACCUCACAAAACUGCUAGAAAGAGAGUAACUUCCCUUUAUUUCUUCUUCUUGUUAAACCAUUCUCUGUCUAUAACACCAAAAGAGAAAAAGUCAAUAGUUUUUAUGAACCGUUGUAUGCAUCCAAGUAUUUGUGAACAAGGAUGCUUCAUACUUAAUUGUAUUAUCUUAUCACAAACGAGUCAGUUGAUUCAAAGAGGCAACAGUAAAACAAGGAAGGUCUUUUGCAAUGUAGACCAUGAACUAUCUUUGGUGACAUAUUUUUGUUUGUUUUGUUAGUGCUAUUCAGUCUGUCUGGUUUUUCAUAACCAAGUUGGUUUCAUUAUUUAGACAUAUUCUGUUAAAUUUUGGGAUUGUUCAACUCAAAUAUCAAGUGGGAUUGUUCUAUUCAUUAUGUUAAAGAGGCAAGUUUGUUUUGCUA